CACUUCCGGUUGCGCUACAGACGGGCGUCUCAGGCCUGGAGGGAAUCCUGGGGGGGUUCUCUUGGUUCUGGACGCCCCAGAGCGACCAUGGACCGGAGGAAGAAGGCUUUGGACGUCACUACCUCCUCGUUGGUAGACCUUAAGGCUGAACUCUUUCGAAAACAAGAAGAAUUCAAACAAGAAAAACUUCUGAAAGAUUCUGGAGUUUCAGGAAAGCCAAAAACAACUCAUAAGAAACCAAGUAUCUGGAGCAAACAGAAUGCAGGAGUUUCAAAUCGAGCUGAGAAGGAUGCCGAGCAGAAGAUUGAAGAACAGAAGACUCUAGACAAAGCAAGGGAAAAAUUAGAAGAAAAAGCUAAAUUAUAUGAAAAAAUGACUAAAGGAGACUUUAUAGAUGAAGAAGUAGAAGAUAUGUACCUCGUGGAUUUCACACAGAAGAUCAUAGACAAGCGCAAGGAAAUGGAUACGUUUAGUGCCAAUAGAGAUUCUAGAAAGGCAGAAGAAAGGGAAGAUGAAGAAGAAAAUCUUUCUGAAAGAGAUGUACCUCCUCCCCAAGACUCCAGUGAAGAAUGGGUGGAUUAUGUGGAUUCUUUAGGACGAUCCCGGCGCUGUAUGAAAAAGGAUUUGCCAGAUCUGCUGGAGAUGGAUAAAAAUCUUCAGGGGAGGCUUUUCAUUAGUCCUGCUAAUGAAAAAACCUUAUUAUCUGAAGAUAUGAGAAAAGAACUCCAGCGCCAGCAAUGGGAAGAAGAAGAAAGGGAGGCCCUAAAAAGGCCAAUGGGGCCCAUACACUAUGAAGACAUUCGUGAAAAUGAGGCCCGACAACUUGGUGUUGGAUAUUUUGCCUUUGCCCGAGAUAAAGAGCUGAGAAACAAGCAAAUGAAAACUUUAGAGAUGUUGCGAGAACAGACAACAGAUCAGAGAACAAAACGAGAAAACAUAAAGGAAAAGCGAAAGGCUAUGUUAGAAGCAAGACUUGCCAAACUCCGACAAAAAAAGAUGAAGAAAUCAAAAGAAGAUGGAGCAGAGAAAGAAAAUGGAGAUGAAGAUGUUAUUGGACAUUUGCCUCCAGAACCAGAAGCCUUGCCAACUCCUCCCACUGCUGCCCAGAGUAGCAAAGUAGAAGUCAUCGUUCAGGAGAGGAAGGACACCAAGCCUGGAGUGCCACAUGUCCGGGAGUGGGACAGAGGCAAAGAAUUUUCCUUUGGAAACUGGUCGAAAAGGCAGUCAGCUCUCCGGGCUGAGAGAGAUCCUGAGUUUGCCCCACCAUCAGAUUACUUUACGGGUCAAAAAAGAACUGGUCCUUUUGGUGGCCAGCGGUGGAGCCGACCUGGACCUGCGCAGAGUGGCCUGGGGCCGGUUUCUGGCCAGAGCCAUCAGCCCCCCUCCUCACAUGCAUCCUCCACCCCUGCUUCGGAUGGCCCGCCACAGGCCCCCACCAUCACGUUUGAAACUCUGGAUGACAUGAUAUCGUAUUAUAAACAAGUGACAUGAACUUAAAAAGCA